AUGGCUCUUCUUUUUUACCUUUUUAUAAUCUUGUGCUGUGCUGAUCACCAUGUGACGCUUAAGGAUGAGGAAGGCAUACCCCUCAUCGCCAAGUAUUUCAAUACCAAAGGGAGGUAUGAAGAAGUAAACCCAAAUCUCAGACAGGACAUACUCGCUGUAAACAGAACUAUUUUGGAGCCUCCUUUUCUGGAAUGUCAGGAAAUCCAUCUGACGGCCAUCAUAAGACAUGGGACAAGGUAUCCAAAUGCCAAGGACGUCAGGAAGAUGCAGCAGCUCCACGAUAUCAUCCUUAACAAUUCUACUGGUAAGCAGAGUUGGCUGCGUGAGAUCCUCACCCAGUGGACGAUGUGGUACACCGAGGACAUGGACGGCAGACUGGUCCAGAAAGGUGUGCAGGAUCUGAAGCAUCUGGCUGUCAGGCUGGCAAAGCUGUUUCCCUCAAUGAUUUCCGAGGAGAAACUUCGAGGUGGACUCAUCAAGUUCAUAACAAGCUCCAAGCACAGAUGUGUAAACAGCACGUUGUCCUUCAAAGCAGGACUGACAGAGAUGUGGGCCAUCAAAGAUGUGGAGUUUGGCCAUGAAGUAAAUGAUACUCUGAUGAGGUUCUUCAACCACUGCACCCGGUAUGUCCAGGAAGUAGAUCAAAACCAGUCAGCUGUAACAGAGGUGCAAAAGUUCAAGCAGGGUCUGGAAAUGAUGAGGGUUCAAGAGAAGAUUGCACAGCAUCUAGGAGUCUCGUCCAGUCUCCUCACAUAUGAUUUGGCAGAGGCUGCAUUUUUCUUGUGCACUUAUGAAUUUGCUGUCAAGGCAAUAAACUCCCCCUGGUGUCAGCUCUUUGAUGAGGAUGAUGCAAAGGUUAUGGAGUAUGCGAGCGAUCUGAGGGAGUUCUGGAAAAGAGGCUACGGUCAUGACAUCAACAGCAAAUCAAGCUGCAUUCUCUUUCAUGACCUGUUCAGUCGACUGGAUAAAGCAGUUAGCGAGACCAAGUUAUGUCAGAAGGUCAGUGAACCGGUAACUGUCCAGAUCGGCCACGCAGACACCCUACUGCCAUUGCUUACCCUGCUCGGCUUUUUCAAGGACACCGUCCCCCUGACAUCAAACAACUACGCCUCACAGACUCAACGCUCUUUUCGUACCAGCCACAUGUUGCCCUAUGCUGCCAAUUUCCUCCUGGUGUUGUAUGACUGUGGAGAAGGAGAUAUAAGGCUGCAGCCUGUAUUAAACGAAAAGCCUUUGACCUUCCCUGGUGUGACUGAUCCACAGGCCUCAGUGCCGCUUUAUGAGAAUGUCCGAAAGCGCUACCAAGACCUGCUUAAUGGCUGUGACUUUGAGACUGAAUGCCAACUGCUCAAAGAUCCUGCUGAAGUUUAAGACCUAAAUACAAUGUCUUUAAUUUCUUUUCAGUAAGAUAAUUUUAAA